GGUGCUGCACCCGCUGGACCUGGUCAAGAUCCGCUUCGCAGUAAGCGAUGGAUUGGAGCUGAGGCCAAAAUACAAUGGGAUACUCCACUGUAUGACCACUGUCUGGAAGCAUGAAGGACUCCGAGGCUUAUAUCAAGGGGUAACUCCAAACAUGUUGGGAGCAGGGGCUUCCUGGGGACUUUACUUUUUCUUUUACAAUGCCAUCAAAGCUUACAAGAAAGAUGGGAAGCUGGAAAGUCUCAGUGCAACUGAACACCUCGUGUCAGCUGCAGAGGCUGGAGCCAUGACUCUCUGUAUUACAAAUCCAAUAUGGGUAACGAAGACACGACUUGUGCUACAAUAUAAUGCUGGUGUUGAUCCAUCAAAGCGGCAAUACAGAGGAAUGUUUGAUGCUCUUGUAAAGAUAUACAAGACAGAGGGCAUACGUGGCUUAUAUAAGGGAUUUGUGCCUGGUCUGUUUGGAACCUCACAUGGAGCGCUUCAGUUCAUGGCAUAUGAGGAUUUGAAACUGAGAUACAACAAGUAUAGAAACAGAGUAUCAGAUACAAAAUUGAACACCGCAGAAUACAUAAUGAUGGCAGCUGUAUCCAAAAUAUUCGCUGUGUCAGCAACAUAUCCCUAUCAAGUUGUGCGAGCUCGUCUUCAAGAUCAGCAUAAUACAUAUUCAGGUGUGUUUGAUGUGAUCCACAGGACAUGGAGGAAAGAAGGAAUUCAUGGAUUUUACAAAGGAAUUAUCCCCAAUGUGAUCAGAGUGACUCCUGCCUGCUGUAUUACCUUUGUCGUUUAUGAAAAUGUGUCUGGUUUUUUACUUGAUUUUAGAAAACAAAAUAAUUAAAGGUAGGAGCUUGUGUUCGUAAGGAAUCUAUUCUCUCUUUUUAUAUGUGAUCUGGGAAAGAUUUAGUUCUGCAGUCUUUUUUGACACUGUGAAAUGAUCUAGUAUUUUGAGGAAAGAACCUGGAGAUAGGAAAAUCCUGCCAACAUUUCUUCUGCUGAAUGUUCCUGCACUGCUGCCUUCCUGUCUCAAUCAGCUAUGUCUGCUUGAAACAGAUGUCUCUGCAACUGUGAAAUAAUAGCACUGUGACUGGGUGAGGGCAGCUGUGCAGCAAUUCAGUACAUCCUGACUUGCCUGGAAUAACUGACUAAUCUGUUUUGACAAGUCUCAAGAUAACAGUUGGUCAGAUUCUACUCCUACAGAAGUGGAAAACUUCAUAGAAAAGCAACUCUGGGGUCUGUCAAAACUUUCUUAAAUCUUUAUCUGAGUCUCAUGAAAAAAGCAUGUAUGUACUUGUUUACAGCAAAGUCUUCUGAGUCCACCUCUGUGUUAUUUGUCAGAUUUCAGGAUACAUAAUGCUUCAAAUUCCAUUGCUCAUCCAACACAGAAAUGCUGCCUCAGCGGGGUGCAGUUUGGAAACUCAAAUUGUUUCAUAAAACAGCUGUCCAUACUUGGGUUUGAAUAAUUGCCAUUCUGACGAAACCCAGUUCUUGUCUCAUAUCAGGACAGACUUGCAUUGUGGGUUUUGGCUUGCUUUUAGCACCAGACCAAAAUGUAUGUUGUGUGCAUUGCUGUCCACUUACUUCAUUUUUUCUCUCUUCCCUGUCUGCUCUCUUCUCUCUCAAUAUCUCUCUCUCUCUCUCUCUGAAUGAGAUUCUGUCUCCAUUACUGAUGCAUCUGACCAAAUAUUACUAGGUAAAUGCAUAUUUAAAAGAAGGCUUACAUUUUUAAAAAUGAGGGUUUUUUCCUAGUAAUCCCACAGUGAUGCAGUUUUCAAACCACUGUAAUAACAAAUAUGACCUUACUUAUUUUCAAUAAUUUUCUCUGGGCCAAAAAAAAAAUCUAUAAGUAGUCCAAAAAAUAUUGUGCACAGGAUGUUUUUUAAAAAAGCCAAAACAAUCCAUUAAUGUCUUCUGAUUUGGUUGAAGGAAAGAACUAUAAGAAUAUAUUGAUUGCUAACUUAGUGAUAAACUACAGUACAUCUCAGUAAAUUUGUGUAAUAACGAUGUUUAUUUGCAUGCUAAUAAUUGCUGUCAAGGAUGUGUACUUGUUGGAGAUCUUGGUUUAUUUUGGGGGUUUAGUUAUUCUUUAAGAAAAUACAUUACUGGCCAUAACAUCUUCUCCUGUUAGUAUGAAGUAUCUAAAAAGUAUCACUUAGCUAACUUGUUUCCUCCUUAGUUAAGAUUACUCAGCAGGUAGAGGGAAAUAAUCCGUUUUGUAAGGAGCAGAGAAUACUACCCAGCAAAACACCUGAAUAAUCACUUAGUCUUCUGUUAAGCAGGAAAUUUCUCUACCCUAAAGCAGAACUAAGGGGUUUUUUGUCAAAAAUUAACAAAUUAGGGAAUUGGUUUCAAUUUUAAAUUAAAAUCUGGAAGACUACAGAAACUGCUCAAUAUUUUGAAUCUUAAUUCAGGAAUCCACUUGCUUGUUUCUGUUGAUACUAUUGCCACAUACAAUAUUUUGUGUAUACUUAACUUCAUUAAUAAUUUACACUUCCUCCUCCAUGAUCCCAUCCCCUCUACUGAUACAGUUGAUAAUCUCAUCUGAAAAGGGCAUUUGGCCUUUAUGGCUGGUUCUGGUUUUUGUUAUGAAAGUUUCCAUUGUAUUUAGCUGAAGAUCAAAUUUACUGGAUCUCUACCAUGCAAAUUACUAUAUAGAUCCCUAAGAGCUACCAACUUCUGCCUUUGGAAGGUUUACUUGGUUUUGUGUUUUCUAGUAUGCAGAAUUAAUUUAGUGGAACACUGAGUUAACUCCCAUCCAGGAUCCAAAAAAUGUUGUGAAGACAUGAAUGUACAAAAAGAGUAAAAGUUGUGCACUUACUACCCUGGAUUAGUGUGCUCUAGGCCCAGAACAGCCUACUUAUGCUCCAGGAUAAAUGCAAAGACAGGCUACGUACAUCUACACAAUCAGUUACUGUAUGUUAACUGACAUGUUGUAAAUUCACACCGUAGCUUAGCUCAUAGUAACUUGUUUGUUUUCAGAUACCUUAAAACCCAUCAUAUAAGCCAAUGAAAACAGCACAGUUCUUCGGAGACAAAAUGCCAGCUGUAUAAUUUGCUGGCUUGCAGCAAUAUCACACAUAAACUUGCAGUUGGGAAAGCCUGAAUGCUCUCCGAGCUGCAGGUGUGUUCCUCUGGCAUUCUUGACAAGAGCUACCAAUUUGAGGGAUGCCUGAGGAAAAUAUUACAACCUGAAAAAAAGAUGAGAUUUAAUCCUAAAUAACUGAAAUUAAUUCCUUAUCUCAGAUUUAAUGGGGUUUUUUUUCUUUUAAUUUCUGGGAAGAGUGUAGACUUUGCAUGUUGUACAUGCUAUUUCUUGGGUUAUUUUGUUAAUGCAAAAUUUAUUUUGUGAUAUAAACAUGACUGUUGUUUUCCUUUAGAGGCUACAAUUUUUAAAAAAUAUUUGAGUAUAUCACUUGUUGCAUUUGGAAGAAAAUACUUAAAGCACUGAAGCUAAUGCUGUGUUGGCAUGAUCAGUGUUGUCACUUGUCCAGGCUGGAAGCUGCGGUCAAAUAGCUGUGACAUCAUUCUUUCACUUUACCAGUACAUUUUUUGAAAGCCAAGGCAUUUCAACCUGCCAUAUUUCUGUAUCUUCCAAACUAUUUAAUAUAUCUAGCUUUUAGUUAACACCAAAGUGAGUGCACAUAUCUGAAAGGCUAAAUCCAGGAGAAUUACUUUAUUGGAGCAAUGAAACUAAGUUUU